AGCAUGGAGGACCCCUCCCGGACAGACCGGCCCUGACCCGGCCCCAGACCCCUCCCCACGAUCCCAGGACACGCGUCAAGAGAGAGAGAGAGAGACAGAGAGAGAGCGAGAUGGUGGAGAACAGCCGCCUCGUCGCCACCAAAGCCGCCCUGGCGGCAGCACCCGGCUUCCCUUCGGCCCCAAGGGCCCCAUCGUCAUCGUCGUCCUGCUGCCCUCCUGCUGGAACCCGCUUGGUCCCUUCGGGGCUCCCUUCCUCGGCCUCAGGGCUCCCGCCGGGGGGUCUCCGUCUGGAGGCGGUGAUGGAGAACCUCCAGAGGGCCCAAGCUGCUCGGCUGGAAGAGAAGCUAAGAAGGAGGGCCCAAGGAGGCCAGCCUGGAGGUGGAGGAGAUGGAGGUGGAGGUAGCCUUGCCUUGGCCCACUCUCACACCCAUCAUCCCCACCAGCCCCGGCUCCUCCACCAGCCCCUGGGGGCCCUGAAGGCCCUGGCCACCCCUCAGGAGGAAGAAGAGGAGGAAGGUGGAGAAGAUGAAGAUGAGGAUGAUGGGGAAGAUGGUGAGGAUGAAGGGGAUGAGGAGCCGAAACCACAAGCUGUCCCCAGCAAUGCUGCUGCUGGAGCCCCGGGACCCCUGGCACUGCGCCCGGCUGCCCUCGCCUCACCACCAGUCCAGGACCUCAUGCCACCACCAGCACCAACCCAGCCCCAUGAAUGGACCUACGAAGAACAGUUCAAACAGCUUUAUGAACUGGACAGCGAUCCCAAGCGUAAGGAAUUCCUGGAUGAUUUGUUUGGCUUCAUGCAGAAGAGAGGGACCCCCGUCAACCGGAUUCCCAUUAUGGCCAAGCAAGUCCUGGACCUUUACACCCUCUACAGGUUGGUGACCGAGAAAGGGGGCCUGGUGGAGGUCAUCAACAAGAAGAUCUGGCGGGAGAUCACUAAGGGCCUCAACCUGCCCACCUCCAUCACCAGUGCAGCCUUCACCCUCCGCACACAAUACAUGAAAUACCUCUACCCCUACGAGUGUGACAAGCGGGGUCUCAGCUCCCCUGGCGAACUCCAGGCAGCCAUCGACAGCAACCGGAGGGAAGGGCGGCGGCAGACGUUUGGGACAGCACUCUUCAAUUACUCCCCCGUGGGCACCCCAGGAGGUGUCUUGUCUUCCCCCAAAAUCCCCAUGCCCUCCCUCACGAUCUCCACUCACAACUGCAACCAGAUCAGUCAAGUUCAUGCCAUCAAAAAAGAGGAUAGCAUCCUUUCCUCAGCGGUGUCCAGCCGCCUCGCCAUCCCUGUUACUCUCACUGGGCAUCACUUGGUGGCAGCGCAAGCAGCAGCGUCCCAGGCAGUUGCCCUGGAGCACUUGCGGGAGAAGCUGGAAACAGGCGAGCCACCAGAGAAGAAGAUGGCCCUAGUAGCUGAGGAACAACAACGCUUGGUCCAACAAGCCCUCCAACAGAACCUCCUGGCCAUGGCCUCGCAGUUCCCGGUCAACAUCAAGAUCAACAAUCGUGCUGAUGACAGACAGGAAGCUGCAUUGAACCUGUCCACCAACGGCAUUAGCAGCAUCAACAUGUCAAUAGAAAUAAAUGGAGUUGUCUACACAGGUGUGUUGUUUGCCCGAAGGUCUGGCAUUCCUGGCAGCACUGCAAGCACCCACAGCCACAUCAGCCCUGUGACAUCGCAGAGCCAGCUGCUGUCCACAGCAUCACGUGGUCACACUCCAUCCAGCACCUCGCCCUGAGGGGAGAUGCCCAGGAGCCUCCCUGACCCUUGCAUCCCUUUGACUUGUUGCCAGCAUCCUCAGACAGCAGAAAGGCGACACUCCUACACAUCUGUGCCAGGGUGCAAGAGAAGGGGGCACCUGGGGUUUUGGCUCAGUGUGAACAGGUUUGCUGCACCCUCAUGGGGUAGCAUGCAAGCGAAACAUCUGGUCAGGGCAGAGGUCGGGAUGAAGAAAUACACCAGAGUGGAAGGUGGGGGAAAGAACUUAAGGAAGAGUUGGGGUCUAAACUUUAGGCUGUAUUGGGCCAGCUGUUUCUCCUUCAUUUCUGAUGGGCCUUUGAUGAGGUUGCCCUUUGGACUCCUGAGAAGACCCAAGGGCAGCUUUGAGGUGGGGUGUACACAGAUGUUGUGUGCAUCCUCCCUUGUCCUUUGUCUCUCAGAUAUACAUUGGCACUGGGAUGGAUGGUAUCUUCUCAACACACACCACUCUCUCCCACUGCCAUGUUAUCCUUCCUCUGACACCCCACCUAUGAUCCCCAUUCCAGCCUUUGAGUUUAUUGAAUUUGCUACAGCUCCAACCAGUCAGAAGAAUCUGGAGGAGAAGUUUGGCGGGGGUGGUGGUGCCUGACAUCCCAACCUGUGCAGACGUGACUGAUAACAACAAGGGGGGAAAGGAAGCAGCUAGGGGGAGAAUUAAUAGAGGAAUGUGAAGGUAGACCCUACAGAGGUUGGAAGUGGGAUCGGGGACAAGAAUGGGGGGGAGGGCCGUCUAUUGUGGGAUUGACCAGUGAGCAGAGCCAGGUGGAAGGACACACAUGCAGCACAACGAAGGUGAGGUUUUGUGAGUUGCACUUCUUGAUAGGUAUCAGUUUCCUCUUAAUCUCCUCUCCAUUGUGUGUGGAGCUGACGUACCCCACAGCCAUUGUUCUUCAUUCCCCCCUUCCAUCUCCUUCUUCCCUGCAACUCAGAUACCUCACUUUCACAAGGGAAGGGGAUUACCCAUCAGGGAACCAGCACACAAGCCCAUGACCUUGGUGUCCUUUUCACAGUGCCAAACUUGGGAUCCAGGAAGGAGGACAGGCGGAUAGCUUGGCCUCGUGGUGGUUAGACAGCUGUGGAGAGAGGCAACCAGAUUUUGUCUCCUUUUGAG